UGGCUGUCUGUCUGUUUUUACAAUGUCGAAGCAAAGCUUAUGGAAGUUUAGACGCGAACGGGAAAAUUUACUCCUUUUUUUAUUGUAUCAUGCAAAACAAAUUAGUUCAAGUUCUCCAAUGAGGAAAUGUGUACCUGAUAAUCUUAAAGGUAAAUCCAAGAGUUCACAAGAAUGGCUAACUAGGCAAUUAAAUGACAUAUAUGUGAAGAAGUGCAGGUAUGAUCGCUACAGAUGUCGAAGUGCGUAUAAACUGUUGGAAAUUGACGAGAAGUACAAAAUCCUUAAACCAGGUUUUUCUGUGAUAGACUGUGGUGCAGCUCCAGGAUCAUGGACUCAAGUUGUUUUGCGAAAAAUGAAACUUGAUUCUGCAGAUGAAAAGAAAAAGGGCUUAGUUAUUGCCAUAGAUCUUCAGCAUAUAGAUCCACUGAAGGGAGCAAUCAUAUUAAAAAACUCUGACUUCACUGAUCUUGCAGUUCAAGAAGAAAUAUGUAAACUUUUACCAACUGGCAAAGCAGAUGUUAUCCUAAGUGAUAUGGCUCCAAAAGCAACAGGUACACGUGAACUAGAUUCUAUAGCGAUAAUGAACCUGGUUUACAGUGCUUUGAAAUUUUCUGUGAAAACACUGAAGAACGAUGGGACAUUCUUGUGCAAGGUAUGGGAGAAUAAAGAUGUUGAUAGUUUUUUUAAGUAUUUGCAAAAUUUGUUUACUUCAGUAAAACGUAUAAAGCCUGAUGCCAGCCGUUCAGAUUCAGCAGAGAUGUUUUUAUUAGCAAAAGGAUAUAAAUGUAUAAAAUAUGAUAAUAAACCUGAAGGAAUGUAAACAUUUGUGUGUGUCUAAUAAAGUAUCUUUAAUAUAAUGAGUGUCCCAUAAAUCCAUAAAUAUAUUAAAAAUUCAUGCAAAUUGAAGAAACUGGUAAAAAUGAAUGUGAUUUGUGAAAAAAAUAUUCUUGUGAAUGGAGAAAUUUUUUUUUUGGUGGGGGGGGUUACUGCACAGACACAGUAACAAGAAAUAUAUACAAAUCAGAAUCCUAUAAAUUGUAGGGUUUUACAAUUAACAGCUUAUUUCUGAUUAUUCCAUCUUCUUGCUUGAAUAUAAAAUUUGAAUUGUGAUGUUGACAUUGGCAGAUAAAGCCUUAUUGGUGAAGUUGUUUUACCUUGGCCAAGAAUCAUUGACUGAAGGUUUUGGACACAGAAGAAAAGGAAGAAAACUUCCAGAGGUCCAUGCUUCUGAUGUUACUUGGUAACUGAAACACAGUUAGAGUAACACUCUAAGAGAACAAUAAAUGAGUGCAGUAAGUAGCAUGAAACGCUGGUAUACUGAAGACAUCGGUAUUCCGUAAUCCUUAAUGCCAUUUUAAAAUUGUAUCGCUACAAGUUGCAAUUAGUGCACCAGCUCUUAUCAGAUGACAAAUUCAAGUAAUAUGAUUUAGCAAAUUGGGCUUUGCCGAAAAUCAACAAUGGCCUCUCAAUUUCUUGUGAAUGGAUGAGGCUGAUUUUUCACUUCAACAUCAUAACUGUAGAAUCUGAGCAAAGGAGAACCCACAUGCCUAUACUAAGGAGCCUCUACAUUCACCGCAUUUAACUGUUUGGUGUGGUUUCACUGUAUUGUGGGCUUUUUCCUCUCGAAGAGUGCUGUGCAGAAGCUGACUGGAAGACUUGCUCAGUUACUGGAAAAUUCUACUUGCAACUGCUGCAGGUUAUACCGUGAUAAUGGAACAUAAUGUCCUUGACAGCGUUCAUGCAAGACUGGGCACCUCCUCAUGUCACAACCGAAAUGAAGAUGUUCCUAAGAACCUUCACUGAAGAGCGAUCAAUUAGCCAUGACUGCAGAAAUGAGUGGCCCCUCACCUUGCCAAACUUGACGGACUUGAUUUUUGUCUUUGGGGUUAUGUCAAGUCCAGAGGGUACCACAAUAGUCCAUCUUUUGUGCUGCAGUUAAAGGACACCAUUCAUCACAAAAUCUCCAGCAUCCGUUUGGAUAUGCUACAUGCUGCAGUUAAAAACGUUGCAACUCGCUUGCAAACUGUAAAUUGUGGUGAUGGUGGACACAUAGAAUAAGCCUGAUAUGCUUACAAAAUAUUUGCCUGCAUGCAAAUAAAUGUAGUUUGUCAUAAAAUGUGCGAUUUACUUCCAUACAGUGCCCUCUAUUGACAAAAAUUGUAAUUUUUUUAAUACUAUUUACACACACACACACACACACACACACAAAAAAAAAAAAAAAAAAAAAAAAAAACUUUAUGGGGCUAACUUUUUUGUAAAACCCUAAUACCGUUCAAUUAUACCAUUUCCUUCACUUUGUACGAAUUUUUAAAAUAUUCAGAGACUUACAGGACACUAGGUAUAUGAAUAAAUAAA